ACCAGUCAUCCUUUUUUAUUCCCUUCUACAUCUCUGCUUUCUUCUUUCCAUCUUGUAUAGCCAUCCAUUAAUCCACUUACGGAGACAACUAGUCGCUCUUCACCAUGCCCCCUGCUCCUGCUCCUCACCUUACCAACAAGCUUAUUCCACCUCCCGAGGAAGGUGAAGACCCUACCCAGUUGUCUUUGAUGAUCUCCGCCAAACCCUACCUCGCCCUUGACAAAUACCUUGACCGUCUUCGCAAUCGUGGUGCUAUCAAACUAGAUGAAAUUACGAGAACACCUGAUCAUGAGAAGCGCAUGGAGCUUUGGAAGGAGUUUGCCAACAUAGGCGAAAAUGUAUCAAUCACUCAACGAUUUUUCUGCGAAUAUGGCUUCAAUUUGCAUUUUGAAGGCGAGAACUUCAUCGCAGCUGAUUGUACAUUCGUUGAUGUCUGCCCAAUUUACAUCGGCAAGAGAACGAUGAUUGGUCCGAACGUCAGAAUAUACACUCCCGACCACCCUAUUUCUCCCGAAGCUCGAGCCGGUUUGACUGGUGAGGAGUGGGGCAAGAUUGUAAGGAUUGAAGAGGACUGUUGGAUAUGCGGUUCUGCUAUCAUCUUGCCUGGCGUUACCGUCGGUAAGGGAAGCACUGUUGCCGCUGGAGCAGUAGUCACGAAAGACAUCCCUCCCAGGAGUCUGGCCAUGGGUAAUCCUGCUCGUGUCGUCAAGAAAAUUCUGGAGGACGGUACCAUUGUCAAGGCUUAAGUGAAAUUUACAAAUAUGCAUGGAUCGAACAACUUUGUAUCAGUACCAAGCGAAAUGAUCUUCGUUAAUAAGAUGGCCUCUACCUAUCACAUAACUGACUUAUUGCACAAAACAUUAAGUACCAUUGAAGGGUCGGCGAGGGUCAGGACUCAUCAGUAGAUUAGGGUCCCAACAUUUGAGGAAAGAUAUUGGUUGAAAGGGAAAAAAAAUUGAAGGC